AAGGACUUGAUUCUGCUAGACGAGGAAGCAUUCAUUAUUCCCAGAAAACAAUUAGAAACGUUCUUACUAGAGAAACUCCGGCAGCUAAAAACUCUGAAAGAAGGUUGUUUCGAAGACGGGGAUGGAUUCCAAGAUUGGAUCAAUGUGACCAAUCCAAAGAAAGGAGACACGGCGGAGCAUCCGGUGCCAUCAGGUCACACCACAUCACAAACAUCGUCAUUGCUGUCUCCCGAUGGGCAGCGUAGGGGGCAUGGAAAUGAGCAUAGACAGAGGGAAGGACAACAGCAAGCAGGAUGGACGGUGGAUUUCAUGCCGUUUAAAAAGUGGGUGCCUUGGUUGAUUCCAGGCUCUGUUUUGGUUAACAUAUUCCUUUUUAUAAUAACCAUGUACAUUAAUAAUUGUCCCAAGACCUCCAAGAAUUGCGUGGGUAAAUUCCUGGGUAGAUUCUCUUUUCAACCUUUCGAAGAGAAUCCCCUCCUCGGCCCUUCUGCUCGUACAUUAGAGAAAAUGGGUGCCCUCGAAGUGGAUAAAGUAGUCAAAAAGCACGAAGCAUGGCGCAUGAUAUCUUGUAUAUGGUUGCAUGCUGGUGUUUUCCACAUACUCGCAAACAUGUUGAGUCUUUUAUUCAUUGGGAUUCGGCUUGAGCAGGAAUUCGGUUUCGUGAGAAUCGGGUCGGUUUAUCUAAUCGCCGGUUUCGGUGGAAGUUUGAUGUCAUCUCUUUUUAUUCAGAAACGUAUAUCGGUCGGUGCAUCUGGUGCACUCUUUGGUUUACUAGGAAGCAUGCUCUCGGAACUGAUCACAAACUGGACAAUAUAUGCAAAUAAGUUUGCAGCGCUGUUAACUCUUGUUCUGGUUAUCGUAAUAAAUCUAGCAAUGGGAGUGCUCCCACACGUGGAUAACUUUGCUCAUAUCGGGGGAUUUAUCUCAGGGUUUCUCCUGGGUUUCGUGUUUCUAAUCCACCCCCAGUUUAGAUACGUUAGUGAAAAAAAGGUUCCCCCUGGAUACAUUCUACCUUCUCGUAAACCUAAACACAAGACGUACCAGUAUGUCCUGUGGGUCGUCUCUUUGAGCCUACUCAUUGCUGUAUUUGCUCUCGGGUUGUAUGAUCUGCUACUUAAGGGGGGUAACUUGAAUGAUCGCUGUUCUUGGUGUCAUUACAUGAGCUGUAUCCCGACACCAUUGUGGAGUUGCAGACAACGACACGUGUAUUGUCGGUCAACCGUAUUCGGGAAGUCGAUGAACUUGACAUGCAUAAGCAAUGGGAAAAGCGAAAUCUAUACAUUAACAGAGGAAAACUCUUCACAAGUUCAACAUCUAUGUUCCAAGCUCUGUAGUUGAUGCACGAGCAUGUACAGGAGAAAGAUUUUCGGUUUAUUUUUCUUUUUAUGAAACAUUUAUAUUUGGUGCAGUUGCUACUUUCGAAUAUAUAUUGUGUUGAGUUUCA